CGGUUCUUGAUCGCAAGAUCGCGCGCACACGAGUCUCUCUCUUACUCUCUACAAGCCUUGUUGUUAGAACGCGAACGCUUCUUAGCAAAAGUGAGCGCAACCGGCAGUAGCAACACUUGCAUAUAUCGUGCACAAACGAACCCCAACACUCCACGGACAUCGAGUUUAUAAACACAGACGGCGGCGUGUUGUGUGCACGUUUGUUGCCUUUUUAAUUUCUUCCGCUUUUAUUUAGCGCGCAACUAAUCUCGUUUAGUGAAGCUGAGCUAGUUUAGGACUUGGGCCGCACUAGUGCUCGAGCAGUUGGAGUGGGCCACCGUGCUGUGCCUUGGCAAGUGGCCGGUUAGGAAGUAAUUUAGAAACGUGUUUCCGUUGUUCGCGUUCGCGAUCUUUAUCGCCGGUUUGUUUGCCGCGCAGAAGACGCUAAAACGUUUAGUGUCGUUUAGGGGUGCAAAACGCUCCCCCCACUCAAUCCAGUUAUUUGCUACGAAAGGACGCUUAUCGUAUCGUGUGGUGAGCGAUUGGCAGUUUCAUCACAUUCGCCACCAAAUGCCGAUAAUCGCAAUUAAUUAGUGGUGCCAUUGUAUAAUCAUAACGCGCUCGUCGCUUAAUGCGCAAACUCUAAUGCAUUCAUCGUGAUUGAUCGAGCACAAGCGCUUCCAACUGGGAACACGGGGGGUGGUGGUGGACCCGCAAUUGCAGGCUGCCCAGGAUCGUGACGAAGAUUUCCCGAUUGGCAUAUGUGUGUGUGUGUUGCUAAUAAAAAGAACAAAUAAACAAUCAUAGCGAAGCUCGCGCGCGCCUUGAGCCUUGUUACACCAUCGAUUAUUUAAAUCGUGCCUUGUCGUGAAGUGGAAUCAGCAAGUUGUGACGUAAGGCGAAUCUUGAUGCAAUCAAUAAUCGACCAGUGUCGAUGAAAACUUGUAACCUCCUUCCUAACAAACAUUAAAGAACAGAUGCACUUUUCACACCCCAAACAAUGAUCGGAGCAGCAUAAGGGCAAUGUUCCAAAAAUAAAUAUACCACCCCCUUAUUAUUUUUGGUGAAAAUUCGCUCCAAACUGCAUCACAAUCACGAACUGCAGCGACCAAACGUGUGAGUGUGUCCGCUCCGCCUUUUUUUGUAUCCCUUUUUGGCGUACGGCAAAACGACCGGAACCCCACGAUCCAAGUCGUUAACCAAGAAACGACCUUGAUCUUGGGAAAGUAUCGUGUGCGCGCGCCCGAGAAACGAAACACAUCUGUACGGCUGGUACGCGGUUCCCCCGGCAGCUUGCGCGAUCGUUGGCCCGACCAGCGAAGCAGACCUGUCCGCGCGUCCCACUUCUUGGGAAAACCGGUUCUCGAAAACCGGUGACCCGACAGGGGCUCUCGAAAUACAAGAGCAAGUAGGAGCAAGAGCAAAGCAACACAAAAAAAAAUCCGAUAUUUCUACGCUCAAACUCACAACCGAAAGCAAAACGCAAAAGCGCGGAUCGUUGUAAAAAAAAAACAGCUAGAUUUACCACGACCGGGUGCCGCGCCUACCCUGCGUGUACACUAGACCCCGGCGGCGACAAAAAAUCGUAGAUCGUAAGAUCGUGCUCGCCCGGCACAAGCGCCGAGAACCAGUCACCUGUAGGCAGUCGUUUAGUGAACAUCACAUGCGAACCACCUCUCGAUCGCGAUCGAUCAAACGUGAAUCGCGUGCGUAGAUCAAUAAUAGAAGAGAGAAAGAGAGAGAGAGAAAAGUAACAAAAACGAGUGAAACUGGGGUGCGUGAACAUUGAAACUGGGUUUUCCUUCUUGUGAGCGAUACAUACACAAGAUAAAUACGUUGGAAAACACGUGCGAGAGAAGUAUUUGAUUCUGCUGCGUUUGAGCCAAGUCAACUCUUGUCAAGACAGUCCCAGUGUCCCAGGGGAGUGGUGCAUUAAGUUUAGGGUUUGAAUCGACAACAACCCUUCCCCAAACACUGACUACACGAGCGAUGGAUCUGCUACCGGUGGGCCGAUUUGGCCCGAAGGCACUGACGGAGAAACUGGGCACCAUCACGCGGAUGCUGCCGGACGGUUCGGUCGGGUUCCUUCGAGGCACCUGCCGCAAAGACUCGUCCGCUAACGAUGAUGAUGCCGACGACGUCCUGGCGAUCGCUCACGGCCACCGUCACCGUCACCACCACCACCACCACCAUGCUGAAGGAGACGACAGGGUGCCGCGUGGUGCCGAGGACGGUGAGGACGAAAUCGACCUGAGCCGGUUCGCGAGCGAGAAAGAGGCCCGUGCGUACUUCAAGCGAAAGUUGGCCAUCUUCGAGGCGUCGAUGAUGACGCCGGUCGCGGCCAACAGACGGCUGGCGGUGAGGAAGCUGGAGCUGGAGGGCGGUUUCGGUGAGCCGUACGGGUCGUCGGUCGGCGACAACGUCGGUCCUAUGAUAGACGAGCUGGAUUGUAUCCCGCCCAGACAGCUGCUAAUGUACUUGGUGAGAAUGGGCUCGUUCACAUCAGCGCCGCAAAUAAAGAAUGUGGACUAUCAGGAUGAUAAGCUGGAAAUCACGGACGGUAUGUCGGUGCCGGAUCUGGUCGACUACUGCCGGAUAGCGCGCGGCGACGAACGUCCCCAGCUGGUGAAGCGCAAAUUUCUCAAACCGAUCGAUCGCUUGAACGGUAGCGAUCUGACGGACGGCUUCAAAAUGCUGCAGCUGGACUCCAUCUCGAAAACGUGCAGCGAACCAUCGGCUACGGCCACACAGCUUCGAAUAUUCCAAUGGAACAUGCUCUCACAGACACUCGGCAUGCACAAUGACGGAUUCGUGCGCUGUCCGCUCGAGGCACUGACGUGGGAAUGCCGGCGGUAUCAGGUGAUUGAGGAAAUUGUACAAAACGAUCCCGACAUUAUCUGUCUGCAGGAAGUGGACCAUUUUAAAUUUCUGCAAAAAAUUCUCAGCACCCAAAACUACGAGGGCGUGUUCUUCCCCAAACCCGACUCGCCCUGCCUGUACAUAAACGGCAACAACGGACCGGACGGCUGUGCCGUGUUUUACAAGAAAGAUCGCCUCGAAAUGGUCAACCACUUCACCCGCGUGCUGGAGGUGUGGCGCGUACAGAGCAAUCAGGUGGCGAUAGCGGCCGUACUGCGAACGCUCGACACACAGCAAGAGUUUUGCGUCACCACGACCCACUUAAAGGCGCGCAAGGGUGCGCUGCUGUCGAAGCUGCGGAACGAGCAGGGCAAGGAUCUGCUGUACUUCAUCGACGGUGUGGCGGAAAAUCGGCCGGUGAUACUGUGCGGCGAUUUCAAUGCGGAACCGAUCGAACCCAUCUACAGCACGGUGCUAAACUAUAAACCGCUCGGGCUGGCCAGUGCGUACUCGGACCUGCUGGCGGAGGAAUCGCAGGAUGAGAAUAAUCAGAACGCAAUCAACACUGUCGUUGAGCGGUCGGGUGAGCGGUGUAGCCGCAGCAGUAUUGGAUCCGCGCACAGUGCCACCGACGACUGCGGGCUGUCGAAUGGCGUUAGGACGAAGGCGGAACAAUCGGCGGCAUACGAACCGCCGUACACGACGUGGAAGAUCCGCGAGGAGGGCGAAGUAUGUCACACGAUUGAUUAUGUGUUUUAUUCCAAGGACAAACUAACGGUGAAAAAUUGCCUCAUGUUCCCUUCCGGCGAGGAGAUUGGUGUGGAUCGCACGCCCAGCUUCCAGUAUCCUUCCGAUCACUUUUCGCUGGUGUGCGACAUCGAAUUAAAGCCCGCGAGCGAUGGUUCACAAUCGGACGUUUGUAGCACGAUACCGAACCAUCAGCUGUAGUUCUGUAAGGCCGUUAGGCGUAAAUGAACACGACCGGCUUCCGCAACUGGCGAGUGACGCAAAAGCGCAACAGGUUGCCGCGCUGGGAAUCGGUUUCAGUUCCGUAUUGAAAUUGCUUCAAAAAUCGAUUUUCCUUUAUGCGGCGAGGCGUUUGUUUUAGCAGUCACAAAACCGCAGUUCGAAUCGUUUGGUUGGGAAGCGGCAAGGCGAUUUUAGUUUUAUUUAUGUGAUAGCUACUGUGAUCGUGUAAGCAAUGCAGUGCAUAACCAGGUGUCAGACACAGAGAAUUAAGCAAAAAACAGGAAGAAGGGACACAGAGGGGGGUUUUAGGUGGUGUAAUAAGUGUUGUUUUCUUUUUCUUCGUAACAAAUUAGGUAUCGUGUGUUUUUUUUUCUGUAUAUGUUUAUGAUUGACUUGAUUUCUGCCAUAACAAAUGCGUGUAGCAUGGUUCUGAUAACAUAAUACCGGGACCGGGCUAAGAGCAACAGGUUCUCUCUCCCAGAACGCCUCCCUAACUAACCGAGGUUACCGCGUAACUUCGCAAUUUAAAAAAGAAAUGCGUGAAUCAGUAAACCCCCACUGCGGAGCAAAUUGAAUAUAAAAAUAGCUCCACCUUCAAUGCUUGGCAAGGCCGGCGGCCUGAAGGUGGUGUACAAAUUAUCCCCCCAAACUAUAUUUAUAACCCAGAUGUUAGUAGCAUUAGAAUCAGAACUUAUUUCCAUCGAACAGAAGAAUGUGUAACGGUAAAAGGAAGAAAAUUAUAUAUUUUCAUAUCACUCAACAGCGCGCAGUAAAGGAGGCAGAUGCUGCUGCUGAAACUAGUAGUGUGUAAUGGUAACGAUCUAUUUAUAAUAAAAAAAGAAGUAAACAUAA